AUUUAAUUCCCCUAUACAUAAUCUUCACGUAUAAAAAAGAGUUUUACCAUCACCAUUUUCUUCAAACCCUCUAAUAUUUUCUCGAGAACAUUAAUAACAAUGCCCGAAAACGCUAAUGAAAGUCCAAGAAUCUCAUUUUCUAACGAUUUUUGCCACCACGAGUCCAUACCAAUCGAGCAGCGUACAUCACAAUCUCCGUAUGAUAUCUCCAACUUCUAUUGGGGCUUUCCUUUGGAGUUUUCAAUACCCCGCGGUGCAAUCUCCGGCGAGAGCUCCUGGUCCGCGGAAGAGUUCUUCAACGACGGCAAAAUCCUCCCUAUAGAAAUGAAAAAGAUCCCGGAACCCAUAUAUCGUAGUAAAACAGAUAAAUAUAAAACCGGUUUACCCAGACCUGAGAUAAUUCCAAUCGAAGAUUUUGAACCGGUUCUUGAAAUAGAAGAAAUUGGAGACCAAGAAUAUGAGGUAAAGUUGCCAUUACUUCCUUAUAACUCGACCGGUUCGAAUUCUAUCAAGAGUCAGGUUUCGUCUUCUUCUUCUUCUUCUUUUAACGGUAGUUUUCCGAAACCGAUAUUGAAGAACAACCAUGGAGGUUAUAACUACAAGGGACAUGGAGGUGUGAUUAGGGUGAGCUCAUUUCUGGAUAUGGUACCUUCGGGGAAUUUGUUUGGGUUAGGUUCGAUAAAUUUUGAUGGUGGAAGAAACAAAAACAAGAUACGAUCAAUGUUUUUCUAUUGGUAAGAAUGACUUUUUGUGGAGUUAAGUGAAUUAGUGUUUUAUUCUCUUCUAUGUUUCCUUAACUUUUGUAUUUCAGAAUAAGUAUCAUUUCUCUUAAUUAAUCCAUAAAGAAUUGUUUAUAAACGUCUAAAUAAAUCGUUUCUUUAUU